AUGAGUGUGUCUGGAGCAGGAAAUUGGGUGAGACAUCAAUGGAAGUGGAGCAUGGAAAAGAUCAUAAGAGUUUCAGGUGAAGACAUCAACUUCAUAGCGGAACAGCUGCUAGAGCUUCUGAAAGACUAUGAACCGGUGGAAGAUGGUCUAGACUCGUACAGAUGGAUAAAGGAGAAUGACGGCGCCUUUACAGUAAAAUCUUGUUACAAAGCUUUCGCAAACAAGACAACAACUCAUUUGAUCACAACGAAUACGAAAGAAACGCUAGCAAGCUUAUGGAAGGUGAGAGUUCCAUCAAACAUUCAGCUUUUUGGAUGGAGAUUCAUUCUAAAUAGACUUCCAACGAAGGACAACCUAAUAGCAAGAGGAAUUGAAAUUGAAGAUUCUAAGGAAGGCUGCGAGUUCUGCGGAAACACCAUGGAAACAAGGUACCAUCUCUUUUUCGAAUGUCCGUUUAGCACAAGAAUGUGGGAUGCUGUUCAUACUUGGAUGGGCAGCCCUAUGUGGAUAAAAGAGAAAGAGUUUAUGGAGUUUCCUAACUACUGUGAGAAGGCUAAAAGGAAGGAUAUUAGAGAGGUGACAUUUGCGAUCUGGAUGGCUGUCAUUUGGACCCUAUGGCUCACAAGGAACGCAGCAAUUUUCAAUGACGAUACGGUGAAUUUCGAAGACUGUCUUUCCUCUAUAAAAUUCGUUUCGUGGAAAUGGAUAAAUUUGGGAAAAAUAAGUACCAAAAAUUGUUGUAGCUACUACGAAUGGCAUGUUGCGCCUUUGCUAUCUGUUUUCUAA